GGGGAGGGGAAAGUGAAACAGAGUCUUUUGAGCCCUGGCUAUUUGGGGGAUUAUUUUUAAACUCUCCCUCGCAAUGGAGCCUUUGAUAAAUUAUUCAUUGGAUAGAAAAGGCUGCAGCUGAAGUGCUGAUGUCAGGAGGAAGGAGUCUAGUGCAGCAGCCCUGGUACUGCUACUGCUGCUUCUGCUGCAGAGAGACACUCAGCCUGAGCAUAAGGGUGCAGCAUGCUGCCUGGCUCCUACUCCUGUUCCAGCCUCCGGUGCAGUAGCAGCAGCAGCAGCAGCAGCAGCAGUGCUCGGGCCAAGGGUGCAGGGCCAAAAGGGGACCACGAGGCAGAGGAGGAGGGAACGCUAUGGCUCUCCUACGAAGCAGCGGCUGCAGCGGCGGUUCUCUCUGUCUCUUGGUUCUGGCGGUGGCAUGCCUACUGCAGCGUGCCCAGGUGAAAAAGCCAGUCCGAUGCCCUGCCACAUGCAGCUGCACCAAAGAAUCCAUCAUUUGUGUGGGAUCCCCUGGUGUGCCGCGAAUCAUCCCCAGCGACAUCAGCUCCUUGAGCCUGGUAAAUGGAACCUUUUCUGAAAUCAAGGACAGAAUGUUUGCCCAUCUGCCCUGCCUGCAGCUGCUCUUGCUGAACUCUAACUCAUUUACUAUCAUACGAGAUGAUGCCUUUGCUGGUCUCUUCCACCUAGAGUACCUAUUUAUUGAAGGAAACAAAAUAGAAACCAUUUCAAGAAAUGCAUUCCGUGGCCUUCGCGAUCUGACUCACCUUUCUUUGGCUAAUAACAACAUUAAAGCUCUGCCAAGGGACAUCUUCAGUGAUUUAGAUUCUCUGAUUGAAUUAGAUUUAAGGGGAAAUAAAUUUGAGUGUGACUGCAAAGCCAAGUGGUUGUUUUUGUGGUUAAAGAUGACAAAUUCCACUGUUUCUGAUGUCCUGUGUAUUGGUCCAGCAGAAUACCAGGAUAAGAAGUUAAAUGAUGUCACAAGUUUUGAUUAUGAAUGCACCACUACAGAUUUUGUUGUUCAUCAGAUUUUGCCAUACCACUCAGUUUCAGUGGACACAUUCAACUCUAAGAACGAUGUGUAUGUAGCCAUUGCCCAGCCUAGCAUGGAGAACUGCAUGGUACUGGAAUGGGAUCACAUUGAAAUGAAUUUCAGAAGUUAUGACAACAUCACAGGUCAGUCCAUUGUGGGAUGCAAAGCAAUCCUGAUCGAUGACCAGGUCUUUGUGGUGGUGGCACAGCUCUUCGGUGGCUCACACAUCUACAAGUAUGAUGAAAGCUGGACAAAGUUUGUCAAAUUCCAGGACAUAGAAGUGUCUCGCAUUUCCAAGCCAAAUGAUAUAGAGCUGUUUCAGAUAGACAGCGAAAAGUUUUUUGUCAUAGCAGAUAGCUCUAAAGCUGGUCUGUCAACCGUUUAUAAAUGGAAUAACAAAGGAUUCUACUCUUACCAGUCCCUGCAUGAGUGGUUCAGGGACACAGAUGCUGAGUUUGUUGAUAUAGAUGGAAAAUCUCAUUUAAUCCUGUCAAGCCGCUCACAAGUUCCCAUUAUACUUCAGUGGAACAAAAAUUCAAAAAAGUUUGUCCCACACAGUGAAAUCCCCAACAUGGAGGAUGUCUUGGCUGUGAAGAGCUUCAGGAUGCAAAACAGCCUCUACAUUACGCUCACAAGGUUUAUUGGUGACUCCAGAGUCAUGAAGUGGAAUAGCAAGCAGUUUGUGGAGAUACAGGCUCUCCCGUCUCGAGGGGCAAUGACACUGCAGCCUUUCUCCUUUAAGAAUAAUCACUACCUAGCUCUAGGAAGUGACUACACCUUCUCCCAGAUAUACCAGUGGGAUAAUGAGAAGAACCUCUUUAGAAUAUUUAAAGAAAUCUAUGUGCAGGCACCUCGCUCUUUCACAGCUGUGUCAACGGAUCGAAGAGAUUUUUUCUUUGCUUCCAGUUUUAAAGGAAACACACAGAUAUUUGAACAUAUAAUUGUUGACUUGAGUUUAUGAAGGCUGUUGGAGUGAAUCUCAUGUACAAUGAGACAUUUUCACUUAUCAUAAACAACAACAAAAAGACAGAUUAUUCAUCUCCAAAAAUAGGGCGCACUUGUGGAACUAGUAAGAAGUUUUCUGAACUUUUAGAAUUUGCAUAUUAACCAGGGAUUGCAAUGACUUGGUUAACUGCAUGACAUGUCCAUUUUACCAUUUUUAAAGACAUUUUAAACCUUUAAUUAUUCAGAGGAGUGUGCAAUGGAUUAGGAUUAAUUCUGAUAUCUAAAACAGCUAUGUGAAUUUUACCUAAGAAAUUGAAUUAGAUUGGACACCUCAUAGAAACAAGAGAGGAGAAAAAACAAUGUCAAACAUGGAAACUAUUCUUUCCUCUAAACCUAACAUUUCAGUAAUGAUACUUAAGAGUAAAGUCAACUGCACAUAUUUGUUGAUGAAUUGUAUAAAUUGACAUCAACCUUCAAAAACAUUUUUUGGUCAUCUUGGUUCCUUGUGAUUGAUGGGCAGCAUCUCUUUGUUCUUUAUAA